UUAGAAGCAAUUUACUAGUUUAGUGAGAGAAAGAGAGAGCGACCCACAUAUAGAGAAUUCACAAACACGUACCUCAGUACCUGCACAUACAUGAGAGUUAUUGGUUCCUGUUCACCUCCUCCCCAAUCAAAGCCAAUAUCAUUCCCUUCUUUUAUCAGGAACAUGUCUGCAGCAGUGGGAGAUACUGUGAGCCGACCCAGAUCAGUUGUGAAGAAGGUUUUAGCAAAGCCUCAACAUGAUGGAGAUGGAGCUCUUGUUAGAAGAAGCAUUGGAAGGAUGGAAUUGAGGUCUUUGGACCCUUUCCUCAUGUUGGAUGAGUUCUUUGUUACUGCUCCUGCUGGAUUCCCAGACCAUCCUCAUAGAGGUUUUGAGACAGUUACAUACAUGUUGGAGGGAGCUUUCAAUCAUCAAGAUUUUGCUGGACACAAAGGCACAAUAAGAACUGGUGACUUACAGUGGAUGACUGCCGGUCGUGGGAUAAUUCACUCAGAAAUGCCUGCAGGACCAGGAACUCAAAGGGGCUUGCAGCUUUGGAUCAAUUUAUCAUCCAAUGACAAAAUGAUUGAACCCAACUACCAAGAGUUGAGAAAGGAGGACAUUAAGACAGCAGAAGAAGGUGGGGUUGAAGUCAGAGUUAUUGCAGGGGAAGCAAUGGGUGUCCGUUCUCCAGUAUAUACCCGAACACCGGCAAUGUACCUUGAUUUCACACUGAAACCAGGAGCUGAAUGGCGUCAAAGUAUCCCAGAGUCUUGGAAUUCUUUUGUGUAUGUCAUUGAAGGGGAAGGUGUAUUUGGGUCCUCAAAUACAUCACCAGCAUCACCUCACCAUGUCCUGAUCUUGGGUUCAGGGGAUGGGCUGUGUGUGUGGAACAAUUCUUCCAAUGCACUCAGAUUUGUGCUGAUCGGCGGGCAGCCUCUUAACGAACCCGUCGUUCAGUAUGGUCCCUUUGUGAUGAAUACACAAGAUGAGAUCGAUCAGACCAUCGAUGAUUAUCACUUUUGCCGGAAUGGUUUUGAAAAGGCUAAGUAUUGGCAAUCUCAAUAAGUCUAGCUUGAAAAACUGAAGCAUGUCAAAUGGCUUUGAACUUAAAGCCAGAGGAUAUCCGUUAUCCAUAUCCACCCAGAAAAGCUAAACAGUAAUAGUGUAUCUUUAUCUGUAUCAACUGCUAUUCCCAUAUGAUAAGACAGUAAGAAAGAACUCAAAAAGUUCAUGGGAAAGAAAAUGAUUCUAGAAGCCUUAUGAUGCAGAUUUAAAAUUUAGGAGUACUACUAAAGUCAUGAUGAGUCAGUUCACUUUAGCUAGAUUUUCCUCAUUUUUGUUCUUAAGUUAAAUGAAUAUUUUUGU